AUGAUCAAGCCCUUGAUCCUCUUUAUUGACGCUUACGACAGCUUCUCCAAUAAUAUAAUUUCUCUUAUCGAGACAACUCUCGAUGUCUCGGUCAGGACCGUACGAAUAGAUGACCCAAUUCUCUCAGCCUCUGAUCACGCUCUACGACAAGAACUACGUAAUUAUGUUGCGGUAGUGUGUGGCCCAGGCCCUGGAAACCCGGGAAACGAAAAAGACGUGGGUCUUAUGAGACAAAUAUGGCGAUUAAAAGAAGUUGACGUGGUGCCAACUCUCGGAAUCUGCCUCGGGUUUCAAAGCCUCUGCCUCGAAUUCGGUGGAAAAAUCCAGAAGUUAAAAGGUCCUCAGCACGGAAUGAUUCGUAGAGUCACUCACGUUGGUGAGGUCAACAAUGAAGAAACUAUAUUUCGCGGUGUUGGAAAGAUCUAUGCAACGCUAUAUCAAAGUCUCUGUGCUGAUAUAGGACAUGCCCAGCUACAGGCUCGACAAUGGGAGGUAGAGAAGUGGAACAGUACUAGUCAGUGUCCGGAUCUCCUCCCCUUAGCAUGGGUAGAGCACGACCAUUCCCUCGUCAACGAUUCUGGUAUACAAGAUGAGAAAGUCCUUGUAGCGAUUCAACACACAAAAAGACCAUACUGGGCACUGCAAUACCACCCUGAGUCUAUCUGUACCAAUGAUGAAAGCCAGAAACUUAUUAAAAACUGGUUCAGGCACGCUAGCUCUUGGAACGUUCGGUUUAGGGAAAGGAAUACAGUCGACCUGAACUCCUUGAUAGGAAGCUCGGCAAUCAAGGAAAGUCUUAUGAGUUUGGCUGGACAAGUUGAUCCAUGUAUAGAUUUUAUAAAAAAUCACAACAGCGACGAAAUUCAACUACCGAAGAAAUGUGUGACAAAAACAAUACAGCUCCCAACCGGAAUGACGGUACCAGACAUUGUUGAGUGUGUUCAAAAUCCCUCUGCAGAAAAUAUUGUUUUGGAAUCUUCCAACGCUCAUGAUUCCUCACCAGUGAAAUCCAGGUUUAGCAUUAUUGGAAUCGAAAUCGAGAAAUGUACACGAAUAGAAUAUUUCGUCGGUCGACAGUUUAUGAACUUGAUAGUACCAAGGAAUGACCAUUCAGAACCUCAAGUACAAAAAUACGAAAGGCAAAGUUUUGGUGGAAUUUGGACAUACAUAGCUAAUCAGCUAGCCAAAGUAAAAGCAAUUUCUGGCAAUGAUGAGUCACCAUUUUGGGGCGGAUUCAUGGGUUAUACAACUUAUGAACUCGGCCUAGAGACUAUCCAAAAAAGCCAUUACACAGAAAGCGAAAAGCAAGAAACCAAGCCCGACUUAAGUUUUGCCUGGGUCACUUCUAGUAUCAUCAUCGACCACUUCAAAGGCCUUUUAUAUUUACAACAGCUUGUUGAUGACUUUGAAACUGAACUUGCAGUGGCUCGAAACGAACAAGUCUCCUUAAAGAUAGAAUCCUGGUUGUCUGAAAACGAAGCUUUCCAGGUAUCGUCUUUUCCAGGAGACAACAUUCCAAAAAUACAGAGACAAAAUAACUUGAUGGCAUCCAAUACAAACUGUCAACCUUUUGAUGAGCCCAUGAAGAGCACCAUACAAUCAAUUAACCUUCCAAAACCUUCGAUAUACAAAUCCAAGGUCCUUGCAUGCCAGAAAUACAUACGGGAAGGCUCAUCAUACGAGAUCUGCCUGACCGAUCAGACGAUUUUGGGCUUGGAAGGUCCAAAUUCUUCAUGGCGUAUCUAUAAGAUCCUUCGCUAUCGACAGCCUGCACCCUUCGCCUCCUACAUACGGCUAGGGACCGCAACAUUUAUUUCUGCUUCUCCCGAACAAUUUCUCAAGUGGGAUGAGUAUGGAAAAUGCGAACUCCGGCCCAUGAAAGGUACAGUUAAGAAAUCCGAGGCCGUUAAAUCUCUGAGCCAAGCGACAGCACUCUUAGACGUGCCCAAAGAGAAAGCAGAAAAUCUUAUGAUUGUAGAUUUGGUACGCCAUGAUUUGCAUGGUGUCUGUGGAGCUGGCCAGGUCUCUGUCCCAAGGCUCAUGGUCGUUGAGGAAUAUACUUCAGUCUUUCAGAUGAUUUCAGUCGUACAGGGCCAAAUACCUCAGCCUGCGGUAGCUACAGGGAUGCCCAUCGCUAACGAUAAUAAGGUAGACAAGUCUCUAGCUAGAUAUACCGGACUCGAUGUUCUAGCAGCAUCUUUGCCCCCUGGUAGUAUGACUGGUGCGCCUAAAAAGAGAAGCUGCGAGAUUCUCCAGCAAAUAGAAGGCCAAAAUCGCAGCCUUUAUAGUGGUGUUGUAGGAUAUAUAGACGUUCGUGGUCGUGGUGACUGGAGCGUUAAUAUUCGAUGCCUUUUCAGAUGGGAUGAUGAUAUACAGACUAGCGAAUCCGGUCAACUUACAGAGAUAUAUCGUGUUGGAGCCGGUGGGGCUGUAACUGCGCUCAGCACUACUGACGGGGAAAUGGAAGAGAUGCUCACAAAGCUUAACACUACGCUGGGAAUCUUUAAGGAAUAUAAGCCAGACUUAUGA